AUGACCGUCCCGGGCCUCCGCGAAUCCAAGCCCCUCGACAAGCGGGCGCUUAAGCGUGUAUCCAUAGACCCCUGGCACGAACCGAACGUUUCAGCGGCGCGACAUCGCUUUUCCCAGCCUUCGUUCGCCUUGCGAGGAGCAGCCAACACGAAGCGUGAGCGGCGUCUUAACAGCCUGUGCACAGGUGUACGGGGGUGGGAUGUUAGGGCGGCUGGUUGCAGGGCUGUUGGUCGUGUUGGGUCGUGCCGUGCGGGAACUUCAUGUUUGGGGGCUGCAGAUGGAUGGAUGGGCGGCCAGGCGGACGGGCGGGCGAUUAGACUCGAAGGAUGCGGCUGGGCUGCCGGGGGUUGUUGCUUGCUUGUUGCAGGGGCGGGCUAG